AUGACAGAAGAUACGCGUAAAUCCAUCACUAUCUCGAAAAUUUGUUCAAAGUUACAUCUCGUUUAUGAACACACUGGCUUUUCUGCAGCAUGUGUUACAGAUGCUUCUGCUUUGCUUCAGUUUAAGCAACACUUUGAAAUUAUAUCCGCCGAUGAUUACUAUAGUCUAAGGUGUGGUAGAUCUUCUUUCCCAAAAACAAACUCUUGGAAUGAGAGUAAGGAUUGCUGCACUUGGGAUGGGGUCACUUGUGACAUGUUAAACGGUCAUGUUAUCGGUCUGGAACUUAGUUGUAGUCAGCUUGAUGGCAGUAUUCAUCCCAACAGCAGCCUCUUCCAACUUCAUCAUCUUCGCACACUAAACCUUGCUUACAAUUACAUUUAUCCAUCUCCAAUCCCAAAUGGCAUUGGCCGUUUGAGGAAUUUGAGGCAUCUCAACCUUUCUGAGUCUUUCUUAUACUCUAAAAUCCCAACAGAAAUUUCAUACCUUUCCAAUUUGGUUUCACUUGAUCUUUCUAUUGAUUCUAGUGGGGCUGGAAUACAUUUUGAUGAGAGAACAUUUGAAACAAUGCUUCAGAACUUGACAAAUCUGGAGGUACUUUCUCUCUCUUAUGUCAACAUCUCAUCUCCGAUACCUAUGAAUAUGUCUUCCUCCUUAAGGUAUGUGGAUCUUCAAUUCACUAAUCUGCGAGGUGUUCUCCCAGAGAGCCUUUUCCUUCUGCCAAACUUGGAAAAUCUCAAAUUGAGUGUUAACUUUCUUCUCAAAGGAGUUUUACCAAAGUUCCCUUGGAGAAACACUCUGUUAAUGGAGUUGGAUAUUUCAUACACAGGCAUCUCCGGUGAGCUGCCUGAUUCGAUUGGCACCUUGAGUCUCUUGAAUAUCUUGAACCUCCAUGAAUGUCAAUUCUCGGGUUCCAUUCCUGAUUCCAUUGGCAAUCUAACACAAAUUAGGGAGUUGGAUCUAUAUUAUAAUCAUUUCACUGGCCACAUUCCUUCCACAAUCUCUAAAUUGAAGCAGCUCACAAUUUUAGAUCUUGCAUCCAACUCCUUUUCAGGUGAAAUUCCCGACAUUUUCUCUAACCUCCAAGAGCUACGUCAUUUAUAUCUCUAUGACAACAGCUUCAUCGGUUCGUUUUCUUCAUCAAUUUUAAACUUGACACAUCUUCAAGACUUAAGCUUGUCGAAUAAUUCACUAUCUGGCCCACUUCCUAGCAAUGCAAGCAUGCUUCGAAACCUAACCAGACUGGAAUUACCUUACAACUCACUGAAUGGUACCAUACCGUCUUGGGUGUUUAACCUCCCUUUGGUAUCUUCGUUGUGGCUCAAACAUAAUCAAUUUAGUGGACUGCCCGAUGAGCUCAAAACAAACCCAACAUUAGAAGACCUAUAUUUAAGCAAUAAUCAACUCAGUGGUUCUUUUCCUCAAUCACUUGCCAAUCUCACAAACCUUUCUACCCUUGACCUUUCAACAAAUAACAUCACCAGUGAUGCGGGAAUAAAUAUAACCUUUCCUCGCCUACAAGUUUUGCAGUUAUCAUGUUGUGAACUGAAGGAUUUUCCACAUUUCUUGAGAAAUGUAAAGACACUUUCGGUUUUGGAUAUUUCUAAAAAUACGAUUCGUGGUCAAAUCCCUAACUGGUUUAGCGGCAUGAGGUGGGACUCGUUGCAGUUUCUGAACCUUUCAUAUAAUUCAUUAACAGGCCACCUACCACAAUUUCAUCUCCAUAAUCUAGAGUAUCUUGAUCUUAAAUUUAACUCCCUUCAGGGUCCACUACCUUCAUCCAUUUGUAACAUGAAAAAGAUUGAAUUUCUAGAUUUAUCACGCAACAACUUCAGUAAGUCGAUUCCAAUUUGCUUGGGAAGCAUGGCUAGUCUAACGGUGCUGGACUUAAGAAGGAAUAAAUUCACAGGGAGUCUUCCACCAUUAUGUGCGCAGAUCACUUCAUUGAGAACCAUUUCCUUGAAUGGUAAUCUACUUGAAGGACCUGUCCCGAUGUCAUUGCUCAACUGUGAUUCCUUAGAAAUCUUCGAUGUGGGAAACAAUGUUAUAAAUGGUACAUUUCCAGCUUGGCUAGGAAGUCUUCAAGAGUUGCAGGUACUUAUAUUAAAUUCAAAUAAGUUCCAUGGACCUAUAAGUACUAGGAAGAAGUUUUAUUUUCCCAGGUUGCGGAUUUUAGAUCUCUCUCAUAAUGAGUUCAGCGGCUCACUGCCUGCAGAAGUUUUUCCAAACUUCAAAGCGAUGAUCAAAUUAGAUGACGGAGACAAAGGUGAGAGCAAAUAG